AUGGAUCCAAGAUUGAUCAUAGCCACUCAAAUCAGAAGCAUAGAUGAAUUAUAUACUCAUAUCCAUGAGAAUCCAUACAUUCUUGAAAUCAUUGAUACAAUACCUUUCAUCAACACUCCUCUUCAUGUAGCUUCUGCUUCUGGCAACCUUGCUUUUGCCAUGGAGCUGAUGAAUCUUAAGCCGUCUUUUGCUAGGAAACUUAACACAUAUGGUUUAAGUCCAUUGCAUCUUGCUAUAGAGGAAGGUCAAACACAGUUGGUUCUAAGUUUAGUCAAGGUUGAUCCUGACCUUAUUCGCCUUCGAGGAAGAGAAGGUACGACACCGUUUCAUCAAGUAGUCAGAAGAGGUGAGACUGAUCUUAUGACAGAGUUCCUUUUAGCUUGUCCUAGUUGCAUUAGAGAUGCAAACGUGUAUGGUGAAACCGCUCUACACAUCGCGGUUUCGAAUGAUAGGUACGAAGAGCUUGAAGUACUCUUGGGAUGGGUCCAAAGACUGCGUCAAACUGAUGCUGAGUCGCUUGAGAUGCAAUUCUUGAACAAACGUGAUCAUGACGGUAACACAGCUCUACACAUAGCAGCAUAUCAGAACAGAUUCAAAGCAGUAAAGCUCUUGGUAAAAUGUUCUGUAGUUAACAGAAACAUCCAUAACCAGAUUGGUUUAACCGUCCUAGAUAUCUUACAUAACCAGAGAGAUCAUCACAUGAACAGUAACAUCGAAAACAUAAUCCGAAAAUGGGGAGGUAAGAGUGGAGACUCUUUACCGAAAUCCAAGAAAGUGUCGGAAAUCUUGAGGUCUUCAAUUGGUUUCACUGAGCAUUUGUUCACGCAGACAGCGCGGUAUAGGAACCAGACUUCGGAUGGAACACGCAGCGCGCUUUUAGUGAUAGCCGCUUUGAUAAUCACAGCUACUUAUCAAACAGCUUUGCAGCCACCAGGAGGUGUAUACCAAGAAAAUGCAGCAGAAGAAAGUAAAAAGACUGUUGGUACUGUUGUGAUGAAUCAUAAAUAUUUCUAUGUUCUUCGGGGUGUGAAUAGUAUGGCUUUCGUUGGAGCGAUCUUUAUGGCGUUUUGUUUGUUACCAGCUGGUGAAGGCUAUGUAUGGUGGUUUCUCUGGAUAGCAGUGCCAUUGUAUGUUUCUUACUUGGUUUCUAUGUCAGUUAUAUCUCCAGAUACAAUGUGGUACUUCUCGGUUAGUGUGGGUUCGGUAAUAAUCGUUGUUUUCGCUUACAUGGUUGUGUUUUUCUUGCGGUGGAAGUGGUCUAAGAAGAAAGUACCUGGAACCAAAAGCGAGCUGAUUCUUGAAGGCUUAACCACUCUAGAUUUAGCAAAAGGAUCAUAGGUGAUAGUUAGAUUGUGUAGCUUUGAUUCUACAGAAUAUGAAUCAUA